UUCUCACCACCGGUGUAAACAUUUCAGGCGAAAUUAAUCAAAACUACCCACAAAGAGUGAACAGAGAUGACCUGUCAAUUUUUUGAUUGUUUACGUGAGGUUUUAAUAUCAGCAAUAUGUACACAAAUCUUCUGUUGUAUUUAUUUUCACUUUUACUUUCAACAACUACUCCAAAAGGCUCCCAUUCUUUGUGGUUUCUUUCGCCUUACAUUAAAGGACAAACACCUUUUCCUAAAUUGAGUGGUGUGUUGAUGCUGGAUGACGUGAGAGUUCUGUAUUUUAAUGGUGACACAAGGACCUUCAUUUGAAGAGGAAACACAACAAAUGAAGAUGAUGUGCUAGAUCCAAAUAAUGUCCGCAUCAUAAUUGACAAUAUGCUAUCAGGUUUUAGGAGACAAGAAUCCUGGCUGACAUCAGAAAACUUAAAUACAACUGAAAGUGCUGUUGUCUUUCAAAGACUGUUUCUGUGUGAGCUGAAGGAUGAUGAACCAAUACAAACGAUUGCACGAAAUGCUCUUGGAGGCAUUACAAUAGAUGAGCUGAGAUAUAUUGACAAGCAGUUGACCUAUGAGAGUACCUUUAAUGUCACAGCUGAGAUGAAAUUUUAUUUGGACAUACAUAUGUUGCGCUAUGAACAUUUUUAUCACCCAAGUUGCAUAACAUUUCUGAAGGGUUACCUUAAAAAAAGAGGAAACCAAGUAAACAGAAAAGUGAAACCUAAAGUCAGGCUCUUCCAGACAAAUCUUUCUUCUGGGUUUUGGGUGACGUGUCUGGCAACAGGAUUUUACCCUCGACACAUCAACCUGACCCUGUUCAGAGAUGGACAGCCUGUAUCUGAUCAUGAGAUUACUGGAGGAGAUCUGCUGCCCAAUGAUGAUGGGACAUACCAGAUGAGGAAGAACCUAAAGAUCAGUGAAGAAGAACAAAGAGAGAAACACAAAUACACCUGCACCGCCACACAUCUCAGUCUGGACAACAAACUGGACAUGACUUUGGAGUUUGAUCAUGGGACACCACUAAAGCCAGUACUCUCCUCAGUGCUAUCAGUUUUGGCAUUGGUUAUUGUGACUGUAGCUGCAGUAAUUAUAUGGAGAAAGAGACAUUCAGCUUCUUCUAAAAGUGAAUAUUCUUCUGCAUCUACUUCUGAAGAGCUUGUGUACACAGCAUCAUAAAGGUUUAUGAAAUAAAGCUAUAAGUAAAGAAACGUUGCAACGAAACGAUGAUGAAAGAGUUCCAGGUCAAAAAGAAAAAAAAACACUUUAUGGAAAAAUUCUUAUCUUUGUUAACACUGUACUGUUAGUGGUGAUAUCACUGUAUUUUAUAGUUAUGGGCAGGUAUCAGGGAAUUUAAAUGAUUGUUGUGAAGUUUGAAAUGCUGGCCAGAUUUUUCUCCUAUGAACAUUUAACAGAUUUUAAAUUUGCUGCAGUUCAGAUACCAAAAUUUUUUUUAAUCGCUAUUUGUUUUGAAAUAUAGCAAUAUUGUGUACCAGUGUCAUAUUUCUUUGAUAAAUUAUUUUAAAUGUAUUGCUUGGAUGCAAAACAAGAACAUUGGAUAACAGGGGUAUUGAGAGAGAAUAAAUGCUUUAAAUAAUUUGGUAUUUUGUAUCAUAGAUGUUUUAAUUUAUUAUAAUAAAAUCUUAUUUUAGUAAUUUUAGUAACAAGUUAACUCAUCAAUUAAGAGAAAACUCUUCCCUGCCAAUAAUGAGUUUUUAGGGCAAUCCAUAGUUCCGUUAUUAUCAACCAGGUGGUGCUCUUACACCAGGCCUCGUCAGGGGCGCCGCUAGCAAUUUUGGGCCCUAUGAAAGAAUAGGAGGUCGGGCCCCCACCAUACCCAUUUCGCACAAAACAUACAAUCCAACCUACUGUAGCUAUUCAAAAUGUUUGUCUGCAAUUUAAUAAUAAGCUACAGAACUAUUUCUUUUGCUAUUGUUUUGACCACAAUUAACACUAUUUAUAGAGACUUACAAUGUCUUUUGAUUGUGCAAAAAUUAAAAUGUAAUUGAAAAAUAUAGUACAGUAAUCAAAUUAUCAGAGAAAAUGCAACAUUCUUAAACAAAGAUUAAAGAUAAUUGUGGAGACCGUCUCGUAUUCUUAAAGCUUCUUAAGGGGGUCGCACACCGGACGCGCAGCUCAGCGCCGCGUCGAGUCGCGUCUAGGACAACUCAAAGGUAUCGGUAACCGGAAGUGCACAAUAAAUAGCAUGAGCUUCGUCAGAUAGCGUCUACUUCAAAAUGCAAAAUAUACUCUUUAACAGUAUGAGCGAUUCAGGACCAAUC